AUGGCGUUCUUAUCGAAUUUGAGAGAUUUGUUCAACUCCGAGGAGUGUAUGAUCAUCACCCAGAAGCCUUACUACAGGGACCCAAAAGGACUUAAGAGCACCAUGAUGGCCCACAUCGCCGUCUCCUUUGCCAUCUACGGUCUCCAGCAGUACUACGGUGUCAUUGGAAGCUACGCACCAGAAGAGAUUCCGUUCUGGUUCAUGGCAUCUGGCAACAUGUUGGUCUCGAUUUUUGGAAGUGUCCGGGGAUUUGAUAUUGUUAUUAUGGCGGAACUCCUCGUCGCUCUCAUCACCGCUGUCGUGUUCCAAUUCCCAUUGUUCUUCCCAGUCAUCAUUAUCAUGAUCAUUCAAACCUGCCAACGUCUCGAGAAAACGCUGGGAUACGAGUUCCCAGCAGCCGACGAACAAUUGGAGGGAGAGGAAGAGGAACCGGCUAUCCGAAACAGAAGACACCAGGCUUAUCCGACUGUUUUUGAGUGA